AUGUUGAUCAACGAACUCUUCCUCAUCGCCCCAGGCUAUAUCGCCUCACAUCCAUUCCAGGCGGUCUUCACGCUCACUCCAUUGUUCCUCUUCGUCUAUAUCCUCAUCAAUGAAGCCACUCGCUACCGUGCCCGGGUCCCGGGUAUGAAUGGUCCUCCUGGGCUACCACUCAUCGGCAAUCUGCUCUCCAUUCGCACCGAUGCAGCCGCUCAGUACAAGGAGUGGUCCAAGACGUAUGGGGAUGUGUACCAGGUGCAGAUGGGCAACGUCCCUAUCGUGGUGGUGAACAGUGCCAAGGCAGCCAAGGCCUUGUGGGUUGGGCAGUCACAGGCGCUGAGCUCGAGGCCGGUCACCUAUACUUUUCACAAGGUAGCAUCAUCGACACAGGGCCUGACGAUAGGCACCUCUCCCUACGAUGAUUCCCUCAAACGACGCAAGAAAGGCGUAGCCGUGGCUGUCAACAAGCCCGCCAUCGCCAGCUACGUGCCUUACUUGGACACCGAGUCCCGCACCUUCAUUCGCGACCUGCUCGAAAAUGGGGCCUCUGGUGCCCAGCCCAUCGAUCCCCUCCCUUUUAUCCAGAGGCUCUCGCUGAGCCUGGCGGUGACCAUCAACUGGGGCGUGCGAAUUCCCUCUGUCGCCGACCCGUUGUUUCAAGAGAUCGUGGCCGUCGAGGAGGAGCUCAACCGCUUCCGCUCGACCACGGGCAACCUGCAGGACUACGUGCCGCUGCUGCGUCUGAACCCGAUCAACCUGCACUCGGCACGGGCGCGGGCGAUGCGAGCGCGCCGAGACACGUACCUUGCCCGCCUCAACGGGGACCUGGCCGCCAAGGUUGAGAAGGGCACGCACAGGCCGUGCAUACAGGCCAAUGUCAUCAAAUACAAGGACGAGGUGCUGAGCGAGACGGAGCUGACGAGCAUCAGCCUGAGCAUGCUCGGGGGCGGGUUCGAGACCGUCGCCAGCACGGUGCAGUGGAGCGUGGGGUGGCUGGCGCAGCACCCAGAGAUCCAGGAGCGUGCGUUCCAGGAGAUCAGGGCGUUCCAGGGCCUGAAGGAGGGCGACGAGGAGAGUGUCGAUCCGCUGUGUGAUGCGGCAGACGACCAAAAAUGUCCGUACAUGAACGCGAUGGCCAAGGAGGCGCUUCGCUAUUUCACUGUCAUACCUCUGAACCUGCCGAGGGAGACGACGAGAGAUGUCGAGUAUGAGGGGCUGUUCAUCCCCAAAGGCACGACAGUAUACAUGAAUGCUACGGCUUGCAAUCAUGACGAGGAACUGUGGGAAGAUCCGCACGUCUUCCGACCCGAGCGAUGGCUCGAGAAGCCCGAUGCGCCGGUGUUCACGUUUGGCCUUGGCUACAGGAUGUGUGCAGGUCAUCUCCUGGCCACACGAGAGCUGUACCUCAUCUUCAUGAGGCUGUUGGCGAGCUUCACGCUCAAGCCACACGGGACUGGAGACUUCGACCCGGCCAAGGGUGGCAAGAAUCCACGGGAUCUGAUCAUGGCUCCACAUAGCUACAGCGUGUACUGCGUGCCGAGGAAUGAGAAGAAGUUGAAAGCCCUGCUGGCUGACCUGAAGGAGGAGGAAUAA